AUGGCAAAUCUUGUUCUUCCAGAGCCAGAUUUUAAAAGUGAACUAGAGGCUCUGCCUAUGAUGCUGCAGAAAGAGCUAAAUUUUGAUAGAGCUGCUCUUUCUGACUAUGUUUUCGUGAUGCAUCCAAUACUAAAUGAUGAACAGAAAAACCUUGAUCCAGCAGUAGGUCAUUGCAACGGAACAAGAUAUUUAGUCUUGAAUCUGCACAACCACCGUAUUGAAGCAGAAGUGGUCAAUGGGACACAUGCUGAAAUCCGAAUAAUGAUACUACGAAUUCUACUGACCACCACUGAAGACUACCCGUUCUCAUUUUCCAGGAAGCAGUUUCCUAUCAAGCCAGCUUUUGGAAUAACAUCAAACAAAUUUCAGAGCCAGACCUUAGAAACAGUUGGAAUUCACCUGCCAACACCUAUGUUCAGCCAUGGCCAGUUCUAUGUUGCCAACAGCAGGGUUGGUUCUAGGAAUAAUAUUCAUAUAUUGGUUUUGGGCACAGAGUACAAAAGUAUGAAAGGAAUCUGCACUCGUAACGUUGUCUAUAAGGAAAUUCUUUAA